UUUCCAAAUAGAGGACUGUGGUGCAUUGUAUUAAGGUGCCUCAUACUGAAAACAAAAGUUUCUCUGCAUAUGUGCUUCUUCUAACACCUGUUCUGUAAGUCAUACACACUAUUUUAAAGGCUGGGAAAUGGAUUUCAGAAAUUAUACGGUUUUGGUAGCACCAGACUUUGCAGUUGCAAGCUAUAUAUAUUUUGAAAACCCUAAAGCACUAGGAAUUUCCAUUUUAUUUGUAUAUUUUCUUAUUUUACUCGGCAGUGGUAUUAAUAUUUAUACAAUUGUAUCAGAUAAACAGCUUUACACACCGAUGUAUUUCUUCAUUUGCAAUUUAUCAGCUAUUGAUAUUUUUUACACCAGCAGUGCUGCUUUGACACUCCUUGCUGUAUUUUUAGUGGACGUUAAAACAAUAUCUUAUAAAGCGUGCUUGGUUCAGAUGUUCUUCUACCAUUCAGGUGAUUUAAUGGAAGCCGUAGCUAUUGGAAUUAUGGCCUACGACCGCUUAGUAGCAAUCUGCAAUCCUUUACGGUACUGUACUAUUAUUACAAAGAAUCAGAUAAUAAUGUUAAUUAUUUUUUCAUGGUUAUUUUCUGUAUCUCUUACAUGUUACCUCGCAUUUACUGCUGAACGAUUAUCUGUCUGUAAACCAGUCUUGAAUGCUCCUUUCUGUGACUUUCAGACAUUUGUAAGAGCUUCAUGUGUUAAUGCUAAUCCCGAGAUUGGAAAAGCAGCAAUCAUUGGCUUUGUGGUUAUAUUUUCAAGCUUUGCUUUUAUUGUAUUAUCUUAUAUAAUAAUCACUGUUGUAGUGAUAAAACUUUCCACAGAGAGCAGGAAACAGAUGUUCAGCACCUGCACGAGUCAUGUUAUUGUGAUUUGCUGUUAUUUUAUGCCAAAAAUUAUUGUUAAUUUUGCAACAACAUAUGGUGUGGUGAUGACAAUGUCAGAACGUUUUUCAGCACAUGUUGCAUCCACCUUUGGGCCCUCUCUAGUUAAUCCUUUUGUGUAUUGCUUGAGAAGAGAAAAUAUAAGAAAGAAACUUGUCAGCUUUUUUAAAAUACAUAAAACAUCUCCUUGAACAGUCAACAGCCUGUUCCCACUUUGAAACAUCCAUGACUGGUGACUGCAGGCGCAGCAGGCCUCCUUGAUUAGACAUAGAGAUUGGUUUUGUGCCCCAGGACUUGAGUAUGUUCUGUCUAUUUGUAUAUUAUAGUGCAUUUCAUGGUGUUCUAUCUGAAUAAAACUGAUUAAAUUUAGCAUGAUAUUUCUAAUUUCA